UAUGUUGACACACUUUCUUCAGAUUUUAAUGCAUGUGUUCUUCAGAUUUGAAUGCAUAAUAAAACUACCUCUUAGCUGUAAACAAAUGAAUAAAGCUACUACACAAGGUAUCCAAUGAAAGUAUAACUUGGUCUAGACAGUAAAAUUAAGUACUCUAAACAAAAAUAAAGGGUAUCCAAUAAAUCUGCCCCUACGCCAUUCAAGCAUCAAUCAUAUUAAGUAGAAACUUUUAAUGAUUUGUAAAUAAUCGACACGGUUUAAGGCUUAAAAGUUAUGAAAUUAAACUCUUCCUACGCCCUGUCAAUCAUAUAACUUAAGACUUAAUGAUCUCAUAAAAAUAAAACAACUAAAACUUAACAUUCUGAAAUGAGAACUGUUUUCCCAUUUUUAUUGCGCAAAAAUAUAUUCUAAUAUUUGAUAGGAAAAUAAAAGGUAUCCAAUGAAACUAUGCUUACAUUUGACCAGUCAAAUAGACUAAGGGCCUAAAUGAUCUACAAUAAUUUAAAAUUAAAUCUAAACUUGGCAUUUCUCAAUGAGAAAAGGGUGUGUUAUGACAAAAAUAAUAAAUGGGAGACAUAAAUAGCAGGAAGAGGAUAGCUGUCCACUUCCAACCUGUGGUGUGUGUGUGUGUAAGUUGGGUGGCUUGGGAGUCCAAUUCCCCUAUAUAUACCACACCCUGUAGCCAUGGCGGCCGUGAUGAAGCUCGACACCCUUGGUUAUGCAGCCAGGAUGUUCAGCAGGCGUUUGUUGGACGAGCAGUUCCAGCAGCUGCUUCUGCUCCAGGAUGGGAGCGAAGAGAAUCUCGUUGCCAAGAUCGUCACCCUCUUCUGCCAGGAAGCCGAGCGGAUCAUUGGCGAGCUCUCUAUGCAGCUGGACAAGCCAUAUGUGAACUUCGAAGAGGUGGCUGCUUUUGCGGAUAAGCUUGAGGGGAGCAGUGCAUGACAGGAGGCGGUUGUUGGAUUUGUCCGAAGCAAAGGAAUGAGCCGGCAUCAAAGCUUGCAACCUUGGCUAAAAAGACGAGAGACCAAACGAGCGGACAGCAGAGCAAAAACUAUUACAGACAGGUUAAUGACACAUACCACUGACGGAUCACAAUUGGGCCUAGGCUGGUCAGUACUGACAUAACACCACUGGCAUGCGACAUUACUGAUUGGUUCUUACUUGUGGCGGUUAGUACUUCUUAUGCUCGAUCUUUUGCCUUUUUGGGCCAUUUAUACUUCCUAAACAAGUCGGUAGAAAUGAGGAUGUGCUGGAUUAUGGCAAUGAAUUAGUGAUAUAAGUAGUCAAUAAAAUAAUUAAAAUCUAAGAAAAGACAGGGAUGCGUUGGUGAAGCUAUGAUCGGUUGGCUUGAUGGGGUGGCCGCCGCUUCGCCCGAUUUCUGCAACGGCCACUGGGACGUGUUUUUUUCCUAAAAAAUGCACCCACACUAGUGUAUAGAAUAUCCUCUGUACCUUUCUUUGCUAGUUUAAGAAACAACAUUUUUAUGCUAAUACAUCAGCUUCAGCAUUUGCAUUUCUACUGGUGCUAUGAUAUCUUUGCCUUAUUGCAUAUACACAUGCUUCUUGAAUUGGUAGCAGAGUAGGCUUCGUUUGCCUCUCAGUAUGAAUUGGAGCAAGUGACACGAGGAGAAUCGAGAGCUUUGCUUGUGUAGCCGGUUCAGAAGAGGUAGUCAGAGAUCACGUGUGCAGCCAAAUGGGAAAAUGUCUGCACUUAGAUAAUUCAGUUCUAUGCUCAGAUUACAGUGGUUGC